AUGGAAGAGAGACUAAAGACGAGGAGCCAGUCCAAAUUCCCCAGUCUUCACGACCCUGCCAGUGUGGACCUCUCUGUUAUUGUACCAGCCUACAAUGAGGAGGAAAGAUUACCAGUAAUGCUGGAUGAGGCUGCAGACUAUUUAGAGGGCAGACAGCAACAAAACCGUUCCUUCACGUAUGAAGUCAUAGUUGUAGAUGAUGGCAGUAAAGACAAGACCUCAUCAGUUGCUCUUGAAUUCAAAAAGUUUGGAACAUCAAAAGUACGAGUCUUAACUUUAGCGAAGAAUAGAGGAAAAGGAGGUGCUAUCAGGCUGGGUAUGUUUGUAGCCAGGGGGAAGUCACUGUUGUUUGCUGACGCUGAUGGAGCAUCAAAGUUCAGUGAUGUUGAAAAAUUAGAAGCUGAGCUGCAGAAAAUCAAUAAAAAUUCGAACAACAUGGCUGUUGUUUGUGGAUCACGGUCACACCUGAAAAAGGAAUCUAUAGCUCAGCGUACUCUGUUCCGCACGAUUUUGAUGUAUGGUUUUCACGUCCUGGUCUAUAUCCUCUGUGUGAGAGGGGUCAAGGACACACAGUGUGGCUUCAAACUGCUCACCCGUGAGGCAGCACUUCUCCUCUUCUCCAACAUGCACGUAGAACGAUGGGCGUUUGAUGUUGACAUGUUGUAUCUGGCUCAGUACUUCCACAUUCCUAUUGGAGAAGUUUGUGUUUCAUGGCAAGAAAUUGAAGGUUCCAAAUGA